AUGGAUUUGUCUUAUUUCUGUUCUCUUCUUAACCAGGCUGAGAAGUGUGAGAUAUUUAAUCUUCUAUUAGAAUAUUCAAGAAGUUUAGAUAAAUUAGCAUUCUUUAUUAACAGGGCAGAUGAGUACAAACUUAUUCUAUUACUUACCUGUAAAGACACUUCAUUAUUUAUUCAAAAAAAGAAGCACACAUUUUAUACUUCAUUACUUAUAGGAGGACUAUUUGGUAUUCUAUCAGGAGUGCUUUUAGGGUAUAAUAUGUAGUAUAUAUUACACACUGUAUAAUAAGUUGUAGUAUAUAUUACACACUGUAUAAUAAGUUGUAGGCUAUGUAGUAUAAG